AUGAAGAAGGAGAGAGCAAUUGCAUACUCCCUCUCUCAACAGCAUUUGAGGAGAAACGCAAGCCCAAAUUCAAGAACAAACAAGGAGUUGGUCUCCAACAAGACAGAUACAAAACACCUCAGGGUGGAGAUGCCUAGAUGGUUGGGUGGCCACCAAGCCUUGGGAAAGUAG